AAAUAUAAAACUUCAUUUAUUUCCUUUCAUAUAAAGUUUAAUAUCUAACUUCAGAGUAAGCAUUAGCAUUCUUAGUAUUGACAUUUGUCAUGUUUAUCAGCUAUAGCAGGUUAAAUGUCAUGUGUGUGUUAUGAUAGCUUUCUUCUCUAAAUAAUUAGAUCACUCUGUGAUUUAUGAUCUCUUUACUAUAUAUAUGGAUCUGAAAGAAUUUCAGUAUGGAUGGUUCUUACAGAACUGUAGUUAUUUGUGGUUUAACUAUGAUGUCAGUUGUUGAAAUAAUUCUUUCGACAUCAUGUUUUUGGUAAUGUGAAGAACCAACCUUAGCAUUGGUUGGCAUAUGCUAAUCAAUGUAUAGGCAAACAGCUCGGGUGUUUGUUAUCCACUUGAGUUAAGCUGUAGAUUCCUUGUUGGGAUUUGCCUCAACUGGCUGGUGGUUAUUGCAGCUUAUGUCUCCUCUGUGUGAAUAUUUACUAUGUAUCUUUAAUGCACAAAUUCAUCAUAGGGUUUGGAGUAAAAUAUCAGGGCAUCAUGGAUUAUUUUCUUUAACUUUGCAUUUUUAUAUCAACUGGAUUUUUUUAAAGUAAAAAGUUGAAUUCCAUGAACACACAUUUCUUUACAGUGUAGGUGUAGACAGUCUUAGCUGAAGAGGGUAACAGUGAUAUAUGGAGCAUUGAAAGGAGUACAGGGGAUGCGAAAUAUCCUGGAGAGAUAGACCAUGAAGUCAUCUCCUUGGCUCUCCUCAAUUCAGGGGCUCUGUGGCUUGUCUGCUUGCUUGAUACCAUGGUAUCAUAAGAAUUGCCUGCUUGGUUUGGGGUCUCCCAAUGCUGUUUUUGUUUUUCUCUAUAAAGUCAAUCAAUCUCUUUAUACAGUUAGUCAGAGGAAUUGGGAGUCUGUCUGUUAAGCAAGAUGUCUUACAUAACUUUGCUAAGAAACAUCUCUUCUGUCUCUGCUCUGUUUCAGUUCUUAUGCUUUCCUAUAACUCUUUUAGUGACAUCUUUUCCAGUUUUAACAUCUUUCUUAGAUGAACAUGCUGCUUUUGGAAUAUCUUAUCUUCAUUUUCUGAAAUUCAUGUAUGUAACAAGGACUUAAAAUCAUCUAUUGUUUAAAGGAAAAAUAAGCCAACCCCCCUUAUAUUAGUCCUGUUCUAAAUGCUAUCAAACACUUCAAGUAGCAGCCUUUGUGAAUGGUGAAGUGUGUUGCUUGGAGCAGUGAAAUAUGAUCAAGUAGACUAAGACAGGAAUGAAAGCUGAACUUGUUCAAUGUUAUUUAAGUCUUAUGUUAAAGAAUCUCUCAUCUAUGUCCUGAAUCUGUUUUUUGUUGGUCUGAUGUUCUGUGAGGUGGAAGUAAUUUGUAAGGUGUCUCAGAAAGCUUGAUAAGCAUCUGUGGUGGAAUGGCAAAUUAUGAUACCUUUUUUUUUUUUUUUAAGAUGAUGAUCACAAGUCUAGCCAGGAUGAAGCAGUGAAUAAGUUGAUUAGGAAACCUAGUUUCUUAAAAUACUGUUUUCUAACUAGCUUUUAUAAAGCAUUUAUCUUACUUGAAAAACAUGCUGUGUGAGAGUAUAUUACCAUUAAUGUUUCACCUUCCCUCGUAUCUCGAGAGCUCUCAUUCCUGUAAAACCAGUAGGCAAGUUGGCCAGUUUGGUUUUAUGUUUGCUAAAAGCCAUCUUUCCCCCCCUUUUUGCAGGUGAGAUUAGUUUGGGGAUGUGAAUACAAUGAGUGUAAACCAGCAAGCUCACACAGGGCCUCCUUAUGGGCGACCUCAGCCUGGAUAUCAGGGAUACCAGCAGCCUGCCUACGGAGGACAGCCAUUGCCAGGGGUUCCUCAAUUGCAAUAUGGAGCUUAUAAUGGUCCGAUGCCAGGAUAUCAACAGCCAGCCCCUCCACAAGGUUACUUUCCUUCCUUGGGGUUCCCUUCGAAGGGCUCUCCUGUUUCUCUCAACUCUGACACUUCUUCUCUUGCACCUAAUUUCAUAGGCUCAUUAAGAGCCCCUUCAACAUCUGGAGCUCCCCCUCCAGCCUCCGGAGCAUCUCUUCCUUCUGGUCACCUGACAUACAGUCCAUUUGGACAGGGAGAUGUGCAGAAUGGGAUUCCAGCCUCAGCAGCCGCGGUGCAGAGGCCACCUGCUUCUCAGCCAUAUCUGCCAGGCUCAGCACCCAUGCCUGUCAGCCAGACACCUACGUUCCAGCAAUAUGGUCCCCCCCCAGCCAGUGUACAGCAGCUCAGCAAUCACAUGGCAGGGAUGACAAUUGGCAGUGUUGCAGCCUCUGCUCCUCCCCCAGCUGGACUGGGAUAUGGUCCCCCAACAUCGGUUCCCCCAGUCUCAGGAAGCUUUAGUACAACAGGAUCUGGUCUCUACACACCUUACACUGCGAGCCAAGGACCCCCUCCUACCAGCGUGUCUCAGAGUCUUCCUUUGGCACAGCCUCCAUUUCCAGGUCAGCCAAUACCAACUCGGCACCUAGCUACUGAAGUCCCUGGUUUUUCCUCACCUCCCUCUUCUGCAGGGGUUGGACCUUCCUCUUACCCUUCUACCACAGGUGCCCCAAGGCCACCUACCAUGCCAGGCCCGCCACUGCCUGGGCAGACAGUUGCUGGACCACCAACGACACAGCCUAAUCAUGUAUCCUCACCACCACCUCCAUCAGCUAUGUCAGGGCCACAGCCUGGGCCUCCCAUGAGUGGCCUCCAUGGACCACCUCCUCCAACUCAUCCUCCUCAGCCAGGAUAUCAAAUGCAGCAGAACGGUUCCUUUGGGCAGGUGAGGGGUCCUCAAGCAAACUAUGGAGGAACCUAUCCAGGAACUCCAAAUUACGGAAGUCAACCUGGACCACCACCUCCACCCAAACGCUUGGAUCCAGAUUCCAUUCCUAGCCCUCAACUUAAUGAGCUGCCACCCCAGCAGAAACCCAGGCACAGAAUAGACCCAGAUGCAAUUCCUAGUCCAAUUCAAGUGAUUGAAGAUGACAGAAGUAACUGUGGGUCAGAACCAUUUGUCACUGGAGUGAGAGGGCAGGUCCCACCUCUUGUUACUACGGAUUUCUUGGUCAAGGAUCAAGGUAACGCAAGCCCCCGCUACAUAAGGUGCACAUCUUACAAUAUUCCCUGCACCUCAGAUAUGGCCAAACAGUCCCAAGUUCCCCUAGCUGCUGUCAUAAAACCGCUGGCUACUCUACGCCCAGAGGAGACCCUUCCUUAUUUGGUAGACCAUGGAGAAUCCGGUCCUGUCCGAUGUAAUAGGUGCAAGGCUUACAUGUGCCCUUUUAUGCAAUUCAUUGAGGGUGGAAGGAGGUUCCAAUGUUGUUUCUGCAGCUGUGUCACUGAGGUGCCACCUCACUACUUCCAGCAUUUGGAUCAUACUGGAAAGCGAGUAGACUUCUAUGACCGACCUGAGUUAUCACUGGGGUCUUACGAGUUUCUAGCAACAGUUGACUAUUGCAAGAAUAACAAGUUUCCCAGUCCACCUGCUUUCAUUUUCAUGAUUGAUGUGUCUUAUAAUGCUGUAAAGAGUGGCUUAGUGAGACUAAUAUGUGAAGAAUUAAAGUCACUCCUAGAUUACCUGCCCAGGGAAGGCAACAUGGAAGAAUCAGCCAUUCGAGUGGGCUUUGUCACCUACAACAAAGUUUUACACUUCUACAAUGUGAAAAGCUCCUUGGCACAGCCACAAAUGAUGGUUGUCUCAGAUGUGGCAGAUAUGUUUGUGCCUCUCCUUGAUGGUUUUCUGGUGAAUGUGAAUGAGUCCAGGACAGUUAUUGCCAGUUUGCUGGAUCAGAUUCCAGAAAUGUUUGCAGACACAAGAGAAACAGAAACUGUUUUUGCACCUGUGAUUCAAGCAGGGCUGGAGGCACUGAAGGCAGCUGAGUGUGCUGGCAAGCUCUUCAUUUUCCACACCUCUCUGCCCAUCGCAGAAGCCCCGGGGAAGUUAAAGAACAGGGAUGAUAAGAAACUGAUCAACACAGAUAAGGAGAAGACUUUGUUUCAGCCACAGACAAGCUUUUACAACAACUUGGCCAAGGACUGUGUGGCCCAGGGCUGCUGUGUGGAUCUGUUCCUGUUUCCAAACCAGUAUUUGGAUGUGGCGACACUAGGUGUAGUCACUUACCAGACAGGAGGCUCCAUUUAUAAGUACGCAUAUUUCCAGCUGGAGACUGACCAGGAUAGGUUCCUGAAUGACUUGAGAAGAGAUGUCCAGAAAGAAGUGGGAUUUGAUGCUGUAAUGAGAGUGCGCACAAGCACAGGUAUUCGAGCAACUGACUUUUUUGGAGCUUUCUAUAUGAGCAACACCACUGACGUAGAGAUGGCAGGUUUGGACUGUGAUAAAACAAUCACAGUGGAAUUCAAGCACGAUGACAAACUGAGUGAAGACAGUGGUGCACUCCUUCAGUGUGCUCUGUUAUAUACAAGUUGUGCAGGACAGCGACGACUCCGCAUUCACAACCUGUCCUUAAACUGUUGCACACAGCUUGCUGAUCUCUAUCGAAACUGUGAGACAGACACACUCAUCAAUUACUUGGCUAAAUAUGCAUAUCGUGGAGUUCUGAGUAGUCCAGUAAAGACUGUACGAGAUGCACUGGUCAACCAGUGUGCCCAGAUCCUAGCUUGCUAUAGAAAGAACUGUGCUAGUCCCUCUUCUGCUGGCCAGCUGAUCCUCCCUGAAUGCAUGAAGCUGCUUCCUGUGUACUUGAAUUGUGUCUUGAAGAGCGACGUCCUUCAGCCUGGUCUAGAGGUCACCACGGAUGACCGUGCCUACAUUCGUCAGUUAGUCACAUCCAUGGAUGUGGCUGAAACAAAUGUUUUCUUUUAUCCUAGGCUUUUGCCCCUGACCAAAGCAGAUGUUGACAGUGACUCCUUGCCAGCAGCAAUCCGGAACUCAGAGGAACGUCUCUCCAAGGGUGACAUAUACCUGCUGGAGAACGGGCUGAACAUCUUUGUGUGGGUGGGAGUCAACGUGCAGCAAGGCCUGAUCCAGAACCUCUUUGGAGUGUCAUCCUUCAGUCAGAUUAGCAACGGCUUGAGUACCCUGCCUGUCUUGGAAAAUCCCUUUUCAAAGAAAGUACGAUCUAUUAUCGACAUGCUUCAAAUGCAGAGAUCCCGCUACAUGAAGUUAAUAAUUGUGAAGCAAGAAGAUAAGCUGGAAAUGCUGUUCAAACACUUCCUAGUGGAGGACAAGAGCCUGAGUGGGGGGGCUUCAUAUGUGGACUUCCUGUGUCACAUGCACAAGGAGAUUCGGCAACUACUGAGCUAGAGGAGGGAGUGGUGCUGGAACUCGGCAGUGACAUUUCAGUUUCCACUAAUGACCUGAUCAGAAGGUCCAGCGCCCUCAAAAAGGACAGCAUAGAAAUCUGUACAAUUCCAUAAUUUUUAAUACACGUUGCAUAAGCAGAAAUCCUUUCAACCUCUGCCAGUCCUGUAUGAGAGAUGACAAAUUUUCCUGGUGAGGGCUAAAAAAACAGAAGGCCUUUGAUACCAGGUCUUUUACUUGCAUCUAAAUUGUUUCCUGUGCUUGGCAGGAGUUCACACACACACCCCCCCCCCAUGCUCGCUAAUCCUGUCGUAAUGAAUGUAGGUUUUUUUUCAGUUCACUGUACAUGAUUCAACCUUGGGUGAAAAAGCGAUAACUCUUCAAAACUUCUGGUAGUUGCUGUGUGUUUGUAUGGGCGCGUGUGCAUGCUCCGAGUGUGGAGAGAGGAUGCAGGUGGGGAGGAUGAGAGGCAGGUCAGGUGAUGGGAGCUGGAGCAGCCAAACAUUUUGUGUCUCCUCUUAAGAAGGAAACAUGACGUUGCAGAGCACAGAUAUAUCAUGUGGCUGGCUGAACCAGAAAGCCAUGAAAAAGGAAACGAGCGGCAAGCCAGGAGGCAGCAGGGCAAAUUUCUUUCCGCAAUCUUCCCCGUACUAUAAGUUGCUGUGCCGAUCUGUAAUGGAGUAAGUAGUAGUUCAGUUAGCAACAAUCAAAAGCUUCUGAACAGCGUAAGGGUAGAGCUGGUGCUUCCUGUUGGCACGUGUGGUGACUCCUUUCCUUCUCGUUGCACGGCUCUGUAAUGUUCUACUCAAUCCAUGUUCCAUGGCCUCUCCUCCAGAGCUUACCUGUCUAUCCAGAUGGUGGUGGGAACAAAAGCCUCUUAACCGUAAGCAGAAAAUGCUUUUAACAAGGUGAUACGGGGCUGUGUAGGAACUGGAUGAUAAGGAAGUGGCCAUUUUCAACCAUAUUAUUGUGAAUCAUAGCAAACAAGUAGGAAUUUUAUUUAUACUGAUGCAAAUUUGAGACGGCUUUGUACCCUCGAAUACAAGGAAGGAGAUAAAACCCCCUAAGACUUAGACUGUACUGUAGUAGGUAUUACAAGUACCUGAUUUCGGUUAUUGAAAGCAUCUGGGCCAUAGUGAAGAGUUUCAUUACUGGAUGUUUAUACCCUCCCCCAUUCUAUCUACCAAUCAGCUUGCACAAAACCUUUUUAUAAGCCUGUUUGUUAAACUAAAAUACCUCAGACAGAUUAAUCCAUCCACUUUGGCCACUCUGCUGCUCCAUCCUGCAAGGGUGGAAGAGAAGACUCCUGCGAAGAGGGAGUGGGUGUAAAUCAAAUUCAGAAUUCUAAGGGCUUUGUUUAUUCAUUUUGAAAGGGGGCUUGUAUAUUUUGGCUUGACUGCUUAACAAGUAUUCUUACAAUACCCAGGAGUUUAAGCUACAAAUAGCACUAAAAGUGGAAGGAAGAAUGUGGGUGGAUUAGAGAACAUAUUAUCUGGGGUUGGUAUUUCAGAGAAAGUCCUUGUUAAGAUCAGAAAAAUAUCUGGCUGUGGUUUUAGUUCCAUAUCCUGUAGCAUGUAUAUAAAAAUCCAUUUUAUUUCUAAUGCUGCUAGUUUGUCUUCCCUUCCAUCGCUACACAGAAAGGGGAAUAUGAAACUUGUAAUGGAGAAACUCUUUCAAGAUGUAGUUGACAGAACCUUCAGCGUUUUUGUAUGAAUGUGGCUGACUUUUUACUCCACGUACUGCCUCCAACCAAAAAAUCUAGAGGAUUUUUAACCAGAGGGGGAAAGAACUUCCCAGGAAUAUAAGGCGCAGCAACCACAGACUUCCACAAAUACUAAUUUCUAGUAUUAAUACCUGGGGAUGUGGGGGUGGAAAUGAAAUCAUAAAUGAACCUUUCAUUUUCUUCACUUGUUUUUCCAAUGCAUCUUUUAAUUUGUAAAGAAAUAAAAAUAUAUUAAGAUGUAUUUUAUGUCAUUGUUAGUAAAUAAACACUGCUUAUUUUUCCAA